AUGGCGGGACUUGGGAAUUUGGGAAAAUUGGGGGGGGGGGUCGUGGAAGAGGAUUCGGUGAACCCUGAGGAAGUUUUGGGGGGGGGGGGGGGUCCUGGGUUUUUUCGGACUGUUCCAGGUGUAGCAGGUGGCCUGACCCCCCUGUCCAAGCUCCCAGCCUGUAACAUCCUCCUGCUGGGUGCCCAGCGCCGAACCCUCUCCGGUUUCUCCUCCACCUCCGUCCUUCCCCACACCGGUUUCAUUUACCACAGCGACAUCGUCCAGUCCCUGCCGCCGGAUUUGAGGAGGAAAGCGGCGAGGUUGGUGGCGGCCAAGUGCACGCUGGCGGCGAGGGUGGACAGCUUCCACGAGAGCCAGGAUGGAAAAGUUGGGUACGAGCUGAAGGAGGAGAUCGAGCGCAAGUUCGACAAGUGGCAGGAGCCUCCCCCGGUGAAGCAGGUGAAGCCGCUGCCGGCGCCGCUGGACGGGCAGAGGAAGAAAAGAGGAGGCCGGCGGUACCGGAAGAUGAAGGAGCGCCUGGGGCUGACGGAGAUCCGCAAGCAGGCCAAUAGGAUGAGCUUUGGAGAGAUCGAGGAGGACGCCUACCAGGAGGACCUGGGCUUCAGUUUGGGCCACCUGGGCAAGGCCGGCAGCGGCCGCGUGCGCCAGACCCAGGUCAACGAGGCCACCAAGGCCCGGAUCAGCAAAACCCUGCAGAGAACCCUGCAGAAGCAGAGCGUGGUUUACGGGGGUAAAUCCACGAUUCGGGAUCGGAGCUCGGGCACGGCCUCGAGCGUGGCCUUCACCCCAUUGCAGGGUUUGGAGAUCGUGAAUCCUCAAGCGGCCGAGAAAAAAGUGACUGAAUCCAACCAAAAAUAUUUUUCCAGCAUGGCAGAAUUUCUCAAAGUCAAGGGUGACAAAAGUGGGGUCCCCACCCCACCCUGAACCCCGAAAUCCCAACCCUGAAUUCCGGGAAAAACCAA